AUGGGGAUAUUACUGAAUGUUGAGUAUGAUGAUGAUGAUGAUGAUGAUGAUGAUGAUGAUGAUGAUGAUGAUGAUGAUGAUGAUGAUGAUGAUGAUGAUGAUGAUGAUGAUGAUGAUGAUGAUGAUGAUGAUGAUGAUGAUGAUGAUGAUGAUGAUGAUGAUGAUGAUGAUGAUGAUGAUGAUGAUGAUGAUGAUGAUGAUGAUGAUGAUGAUGAUGAUGAUGAUGAUGAUGAUGAUGAUGAUGAUGAUGAUGAUGAUGAUGAUGAUGAUGAUGAUGAUGAUGAUGAUGAUGAUGAUGAUGAUGAUGAUGAUGAUGAUGAUGAUGAUGAUGAUGAUGAUGAUGAUGAUGAUGAUGAUGAUGAUGAUGAUGAUGAUGAUGAUGAUGAUGAUGAUGAUGAUGAUGAUGAUGAUGAUGAUGAUGAUGAUGAUGAUGAUGAUGAUGAUGAUGAUGAUGAUGAUGAUGAUGAUGAUGAUGAUGAUGAUGAUGAUGAUGAUGAUGAUGAUGAUGAUGAUGAUGAUGAUGAUGAUGAUGAUGAUGAUGAUGAUGAUGAUGAUGAUGAUGAUGAUGAUGAUGAUGAUGAUGAUGAUGAUGAUGAUGAUGAUGAUGAUGAGAUGAUGAUGAUGAUGAUGAUGAUGAUGAUGAUGAUGAUGAUGAUGAUGAUGAUGAUGAUGAUGAUGAUGAUGAUGAUGAUGAUGAUGAUGAUGAUGAUGAUGAUGAUGAUGAUGAUGAUGAUGAUGAUGAUGAUGAUGAUGAUGAUGAUGAUGAUGAUGAUGAUGACGAGUUCGACUGAUCAGUGA